CUUUUAAGGAGUUUGCCACGAGCGCGUCCCCUUCAUUCUCAGUCCGGGUGUGUUCUCAGCAGGAUCGUGGAGAGCGGGUGCUCCUCACCCCUUAGUCCCUGUGGUCCUGGGCGCACAUCUCCUCGCCCCUCUGCUUCUCCGCGGUCCCAGGAAGACGGCUAGCCGGCGAGAGUAGGAAAGCCACUGAGCCAUGGGUGCAGGCAGUUCCACCGAGCAGCGGAGCCCCGAGCAGCCGGCGGAGAGCGACACGCCGAGCGAGCUGGAGCUCAGUGGCCAUGGGCCCGCAGCGGAAGCGUCGGGAGCAGCUGGAGAUCCCGCUGACGCGGACCCCGCCACCAAGCUCCCACAGAAGAAUGGUCAGCUGUCUGCCGUCAAUGGUGUAGCUGAACAAGAAGAUGUCCACGUCCAAGAGGAAAGCCAGGAUGGGCAAGAGGAAGAAGUCACUGUUGAAGAUGUUGGACAGAGAGAGUCAGAAGAUGUGAAAGAAAAAGACCGAGCUAAAGAAAUGGCAGCCAGUUCCACAGUUGUUGAAGAUAUCACAAAGGACGAGCAGGAGGAAACACCGGAAAUAAUCGAACAGAUCCCUGCUUCAGAGAGCAAUGUGGAAGAAAUGGCGCAGGCUGCUGAGUCCCAAGCUAAUGACGUCGGCUUCAAGAAGGUAUUUAAAUUUGUUGGUUUUAAAUUCACGGUGAAGAAGGAUAAAAACGAAAAGUCAGAUACCGUCCAGCUACUCACUGUCAAGAAGGAUGAAGGCGAAGGGGCAGAAGCCUCCGUCGGAGCAGGAGACCACCAAGAGCCCGGAGUGGAGACCGUCGGCGAAUCAGCAUCCAAAGAAAGUGAGCUGAAGCAAUCCACAGAGAAGCAAGAAGGCACCCUGAAGCAAGCACAGAGCAGCACAGAAAUUCCCCUUCAAGCCGAAUCUGGUCAAGGGACCGAGGAAGAAGCAGCCAAAGAUGGAGAAGAAAACCGAGAGAAAGAACCUACCAAGCCCCUAGAAUCUCCGACCAGCCCUGUCAGCAAUGAGACAACAUCUUCCUUCAAGAAAUUCUUCACUCACGGCUGGGCCGGCUGGCGCAAGAAGACCAGCUUCAAGAAACCAAAGGAAGAUGAUCUGGAAACUUCCGAGAAGAGAAAGGAGCAAGAGGCUGAAAAAGUAGACGAGGAAGAAGGGGAAAAGACAGAGCCAGCCCCAGCCGAGGAGCAGGAGCCUGCAGAAGGCACAGACCAGGCCAGGUUGUCAGCCGACUAUGAGAAGGUGGAGUUGCCUUUGGAAGACCAGGUCGGUGACCUGGAGGCAUUGUCGGAGAAGUGUGCUCCUUUGGCAACGGAAGUGUUUGAUGAGAAGACGGAAGCCCACCAAGAAGUUGUUGCAGAGGUCCACGUGAGCACCGUGGAGAAGAUGACGAAAGGGCAAGGAGGAGCAGAGGUGGAAGGGGAUGUGGUGGUGGAAGGAUCGGGAGAAUCCUUGCCCCCUGAGAAACUGGCUGAGACCCAGGAGGUCCCCCAGGAAGCUGAGCCUGUGGAGGAGCUGAUGAAGACCAAAGAAGUAUGCGUCUCUGGGGGUGACCAUACUCAGCUGACAGAUCUAAGUCCUGAAGAGAAGAUGCUACCCAAACACCCCGAAGGCAUUGUCAGUGAGGUGGAGAUGCUGUCCUCUCAGGAGAGAAUCAAGGUACAGGGAAGUCCCCUGAAGAAGCUCUUCAGCAGUUCGGGCUUAAAGAAGCUCUCCGGGAAGAAGCAGAAGGGGAAGAGAGGAGGAGGCGGGGGAGAUGAAGAGCCAGGAGAAUACCAACACAUUCAAACCGAGUCCCCAGAGAGUGCUGACGAGCAGAAGGGAGAGAGCUCUGCCUCUUCCCCUGAAGAGCCCGAGGAGAUCGCGUGUCUGGAGAAGGGGCCAUCGGAAGCACCCCAGGAAGCGGAAGCUGAGGAAGGAGCGACUUCCGACGGAGAGAAGAAAAGGGAAGGGAUCACCCCCUGGGCAUCCUUCAAAAAGAUGGUGACACCCAAGAAACGGGUCCGAAGACCUUCUGAGAGCGACAAGGAAGAAGAGCUGGAUAAGGUCAAGAGUGCCACCUUGUCCUCCACGGAGAGCACGGCGUCUGGAAUGCAGGAUGAGGUCAGAGCGGUUGGCGAGGAGCAAAGGUCAGAGGAGCCAAAGCGCAGGGUGGAUACUUCAGUGUCUUGGGAGGCGUUGAUUUGUGUCGGAUCGUCCAAGAAGAGAGCGAGGAAGGCAUCCUCUUCAGAUGAUGAAGGAGGGCCAAGAACACUGGGAGGGGAUGGCCACAGAGCGGAGGAGGCUAGCAAAGACAAAGAAGCAGAUGCUCUUCCUGCCAGCACCCAGGAACAAGACCAAGCGCACGGAAGUUCCUCACCCGAGCCAGCUGGAAGCCCUUCUGAAGGGGAGGGCGUCUCCACCUGGGAGUCAUUUAAGAGAUUAGUCACUCCACGAAAAAAAUCCAAGUCAAAACUGGAAGAGAGAGCCGAAGACUCCGGUGCAGAGCAGUUGGCCUCCGAGAUCGAACCAAGUAGAGAGGAAUCUUGGGUUUCCAUUAAGAAAUUUAUUCCUGGACGGCGGAAGAAAAGGGCAGAUGGGAAGCAAGAACAGGCCGCCGUUGAAGACUCGGGGCCAGGAGAGAUCAAUGAGGACGACCCCGACGUCCCAGCUGUUGUGCCUCUGUCUGAGUACGAUGCGGUAGAGAGAGAGAAGCUGGAAGCGCAGCGAGCUCAGGAGAACGUGGAGCUGCCCCAGCUGAAGGGGGCUGUGUAUGUGUCUGAGGAGCUUAGUAAGACUCUGGUUCACACCGUGAGUGUCGCGGUCAUUGAUGGGACCAGGGCAGUCACCAGUGCCGAAGAGCGGUCCCCUUCGUGGAUAUCUGCUUCCAUGACAGAACCUCUUGAGCACGCAGAGGGAGUGGCCACACCGCCUGUUGGAGAGGUCACUGAAAAAGACAUCACUGCAGAAGCAACUCCUGCACUCGCCCAGACUUUACCAGGGGGCAAAGAUGCCCAUGACGACAUAGUCACCAGUGAAGUGGAUUUUACCUCAGAAGCAGUGACAGCCGCAGAAACCACAGAGGCGCUCCGCGCUGAAGAACUUACCGAAGCAUCAGGGGCAGAAGAGACCACAGACAUGGUGUCUGCAGUUUCCCAGCUGUCCGACUCCCCGGACACCACAGAGGAAGCCACCCCAGUUCAGGAGGUAGAGGGUGGCAUGCUAGAUACGGAAGAACAGGAGCGCCAGACGCAGGCCGUCCUCCAAGCCGUUGCAGACAAAGUGAAAGAGGACUCCCAGGUGCCUGCAACCCAGACUCUGCAGAGAGCAGGGCCGAAAGCACUGGAGAAGGUGGAGGAGGUAGAGGAGGACUCCGAGGUGCUGGCUACCGAGAAAGAGAAGGAUGUUGUGCCGGAAGGACCCGUGCAGGAAGCUGAAACUGAGCAUCUUGCACAGGGCUCCGAGACUGUACAGGCUACCCCAGAGAGCCUUGAAGUUCCUGAAGUCACAGAGGAUGUAGACCGUGCCACCACAUGCCAGGUUAUCAAGCACCAGCAGCUGAUGGAACAGGCUGUGGCCCCUGAGUCAUCUGAAACCUUGACAGACAGUGAGACAAAUGGAAGUACUCCCCUCGCAGAUUCAGACACUCCAAACGGGACACAGCAAGACGAGACCGUUGACAGCCAGGACAGUAAUGCCAUUGCCGCCGUCAAGCAGUCACAGGUCACUGAAGAGGAGGCAGCUGCUGCUCAGACGGAGGGGCCUUCAACACCAUCUAGUUUUCCAGCCCAGGAAGAACACAGGGAAAAACCAGGAAGGGAUGUUCUAGAACCCACACAAGCGCUGGCUGCCGGGGCAGUGCCUAUUCUGGCAAAGGCUGAGGUGGGUCAAGAGGGUGAGGCUGGCCAGUUUGAUGGAGAAAAAGUCAAAGACGGACAGUGUGUUAAAGAACUGGAGGUGCCUGUGCACACUGGACCCAACAGUCAAAAGACUGCUGACUUGACACGUGACAGUGAAGUAAUGGAAGUGGCCAGAUGUCAGGAAACUGAGAGUAAUGAAGAACAGAGUAUUAGCCCGGAGAAAAGAGAGAUGGGAACCGACGUUGAAAAGGAGGAAACAGAGACCAAGACAGAGCAAGCCAGUGAAGAACAUGAGCAGGAAACAGCUGCUCCUGAGCAUGAAGGAACCCACCCUAAGCCAGUCCUGACAGCUGACAUGCCUCACUCAGAGAGGGGAAAGGCACUGGGCAGCCUUGAAGGAAGCCCUUCUCUCCCAGACCAAGACAAAGCAGAUUGCAUAGAGGUUCAAGUUCAAAGCUCAGACACACCAGUCACUCAAACAACCGAAGCUGUGAAAAAGGUCGAAGAAACUGUGGCAACUUCAGAGAUGGAUGAAAGUUUGGAGUGUGCAGGUGCGCAAUCAUUACCAGCUGAGAAGCUCUCCGAAACCGGUGGCUACGGGACUCUUCAGCAUGGAGAGGACACCGUGCCCCAGGGGCCUGAGUCUCAGGCAGAGUCCAUCCCAAUAAUAGUAACUCCUGCUCCUGAAAGCAUCCUACAUUCUGACCUUCAAAGAGAAGUGAGCGCAUCCCAGAAACAGAGAUCAGAUGAAGAUAACAAGCCAGAUGCUGGUCCUGAUGCUGCCGGCAAGGAGAGUGCAGCAAGAGAGAAAAUCCUCAGGGCUGAACCUGAGAUCUUGGAACUUGAGAGUAAGAGCAAUAAGAUUGUCCAGAGUGUCAUCCAGACAGCCGUCGACCAGUUUGCACGUACAGAAACAGCCCCCGAAACCCACGCUUCUGAUUUACAGAAUCAGGUUCCUGUGAUGCAGGCUGACAGCCAGGGAGCACAACAGAUGCUGGACAAAGAUGAAAGCGACCUUCAAGUCUCCCCCCAAGAUGGAACACUCAGUGCCGUAGCCCAGGAAGGACUUGCGGUUUCUGAUAGUUCUGAAGGCAUGAGCAAGGCUUCAGAAAUGAUCACCACGCUUGCAGUUGAAAGUGCCAGUGUCAAAGAAAGUGUUGAGAAGCUGCCUCUUCAGUGCAAAGAUGAAAAGGAACAUGCUGCUGACGGCCCCCAGCACCAAAGCUUAGCCAAGGCAGAGGCGGAUGCCUCUGGAAAUCUAACCAAAGAGUCCCCAGACACCAACGGACCAAAGCUAACCGAGGAAGGAGAUGCCCUGAAAGAAGAAAUGAACAAGGCCCAGACAGAAGAGGACGACCUACAGGAGCCAAAGGGAGACCUGACAGAAUCCUAAGACGUGAGUUGCUCAUUGUAAAACUAGAAUGUGAAGUGAAGUCACGGAACAAGAUGCUGCUGUUGGGACCUUGAGACCAAAAUUUCAGAGCCCUUGAGGUGCAGAGAGCAGAGCCGUCCAAUGAUUUCAACCCUGCAGAGCACCCCGACAAUCCUGAGGCUGCAUCGGGAGCUAGAGCCAGCUAACAUUUCCUCUUUUCAAGACUGCCCUUGAUUUGCCCCUUGGUGCCAUGUAUUUCAGAGUUAAGGUCCUGCUUUCUCCACCUGGAACCAAUGUCGGCAAUACCUAGUCCCACUUCUCAAACUGGAGCCUCCUCCUUUAUGUAUUUAUAUGUAUGUUUUAUGUAGUCCUCCUCCUGUACCUAUUGUAUAUUUUUUUUCUAAGGUUUAAGCACAUGCCUUUUGUAUUAUGCAGUAUAUAAUGGGUGUGCAGCCAUAGCGAAGCUUUGAGAAGCCCCAAGCCUCAACUGUAACCUGCAGCAAACAGAGAAAUAACAUUCCUGGCAGGAAGAUACAAGUCUUUUUAAAGUUUACUGAUGCUUAACUCUGUGGGCUCGUAGUCCUCUGAAAGUGGUUGUUUUCCUAUGCACAGUGAGCUCAGAAAUAAAAACUCCAUUUUGAGACAUUCAGAAUGUCCCAACAUUACGACAACAUUUUUUUUUUUUUUUUCUAAUCCAGUCCAGGUUGGAAAGAAGUCUCCUUAGUGUCAGAUUAAGCCCCAUCUCUUAACAAUAUGGACAGAUGAGUGUGCCAUGGCCAUGAGCUAUUUCCUAACGCAGAAGGAAUUUGUUGUUACUUUUUGGAUUGUACUCUUCUAGGCUGGACCGAAUUCAUAUGCAGAUUGAAGUGAGACCUGCUCUUUACAGAUGGUAUUUUGAUAGAUACUGGAGUUUGUCUGUAUUAUAUCUGUGCCCCUUCUUUUAAGAACAAUGUUACAUUAUGUUCCUUUGGAUAAAUUGUGAUUUGACAACUGAUUUCAAUAAAAAUAUUUGCUUCACUUAUA